CCCGUUCGAAUAGCGCGCUUUUUAUGCAGCACGGAGGUUUAGAACCCUAUGGGCGUUAAGACGGACAUUCACCAAGUUAUCAUGUUCACUGCAGUAUACAAAAUCUUAGUGAGAACUAAGCUUGAAAAUUGCGUUCAGGCUAUAUGCUCCUGUUUAAAAGACGACUCGGAUAUCCUGGAAAAUGUACAGAGGGCAGCUACACUUGCAGUUCCAGAAUUCCGGGGUUCGCCACACAAAAGGCGGCGUGCAAAGUUAGACCUUUUUCUUUGUCCUAUCGCGAAUUAAGAGGUGAUCUGAUUUUGAUGUGUAGAAUGCUAAGAAAUGAUUUUUGAUCUAACGAACCCACUUUUUGAAAUUUAGCGUUACGUGUUUGUCUUAAGUAGUUACCGACUUCUAAAUGGCGUGUGAAGAAAGAUGCGGAUAUUUUAUGAAUGAAAAAAAUAAAUACUGUCGUCAACUUCGUCUUAAGGGUUCAAAUCGCUGUUUUACCCACGAGACAUCCGUAGCUAAAGUGGCUUGUCCAUUGGAUCCAUCACAUCUCGUCACCCGUUCAAAGCUUCAAAAACAUUUGAAGAGGUGUAGUAAGGAGCAUAGAGUUAAGGCUGUAUAUGAUGUAACUGGAAUCAAUUCAGCUAACUUAUGUAAUAAUAAAAUUGUUCCAAAGGUGUCGCUAGCUGAUGUGUCUGCAGUUACAGUGUUACGGCUGGUAGCACGUUUAGAAGAAUUGAAUUCAGAGUUGAAUCUCAUUGAACAAAUCAAAGAUUUAUCAGUAGGUGAUAUUCAUCCUCUCAUUUCAUUCACAAUGAAUAACCAGCGUCAUUGGUGUUCGAGCGGAUUUCCUGGAAUAAAGGAAAUACCCUCUUUUCUUCAGUCUGACGAUACAAUACUGAAUAGUAGCAAUGAUAAAGAUACAAAUUUAUCGGAGGAUAACUUCUCAGUAAAUCCAGAACAUGUUAUCCGUGGAUCAAAGCGUCAUAUUUAUCAGAAUGGAUGUCUGAUUCGAGUUUUGGAAGAAGAAAACCUUCUUACUACUGGUAAUUUAUAUCUUGAAUUCGGUGCUGGUCGUGCUGGAUUAUCUCAUUGGAUCAACAACUGCUUAGCGUCUUCUGAAUUAGGCUCUCGUUGUUACGAUCGGUUUCCAGGUAUAUGGCCGGUAAAGGCACCCGAAACUAGCUUUGUACUUGUGGAACUCAAUUCCGUCCGUUUUAAGAUGGAUAGACGUCAACGUGAUGAAGGAAAUUUUACACGUAUCACAAUAAAUAUUGCUGACUUGGAUCUUGCUCGUGUUCCGCUUAUACAAGAGAAUAAAAGACCUUUAAUUGCUGUUGCCAAACAUUUAUGCGGUGAUGCUACAGAUUUAUCACUUCGUUGUUUGAAAAAUGCUGGAAAUAUUAUGAACCUCUCAGGUAUAAUGUUCGCUGUAUGCUGUCAUAGUAAAUGUACUUGGAAUGAAACAGCUGGUCGUUUUUGGCUAGAGAAAGAAGCAAAGAUAACAUCAGAUGAAUUUCGCUUAAUCUCUUAUUUAUCCUCAUGGUCAGUUUCCGGAUUGAAGUGUAAAUCGUCUGAACAAGCGAAUAAUCAUAUUCACAGCUCCGACCAAAGCUAUUUGGAAGCUUUAAAGAGUGGCGAUGAAAAAGAAUGUCAAAAUGCACUCCACAACCUAGAUGCAUGUGUAAAGGUGAGAAUUGGAAAAAUAUGCAAACGUUUAAUUGAUUGGGGACGCCUCAUGUACAUAAAACAUGAGUUAAAUCUUCCAAAUAUCAGUUCUGUGGCCUAUACAACAUCAGAUGUAACACCUGAAAACAUUGUGAUAUGCGCUAGUCGGUAAACGCACGGUUGAAACUAACUUAUUUGCAAGUAUUCUUUCAUACAAUUUGUAUUAACAUGUGUGCAUAAUUAAACAGAUUAAAAAUUUCUAUCGAAUAAAACCUUUUUAUUACGUAUUCAGUCCACUGAAACAUUUCUAUUUCAUGUCUACUUUUCUCAUAGUGCUACCGAAAUACAUCAGUCUUUUGUACUUGAUGUUAGGAAAAGGUAUACUUUUUAGUAACUACAUUUGUUUAUGUGUGUAUGGCGUCGAGUUCAUUUCACAAUAUCUCUUCGUCCUUGUUUGUUUGUAGCUGAUCAAAACCAGUAUUUCGACCUCCUUCAAAAAUCUUCUGGGGGUCGGAUUUAUUAUGCAAUACAUUUGCACUCACAUGAUACUUUGCGUCUACCCGUUAGCUUCACAAUUUGGCGAAAACCGUUUUUCUCACCAGCGAUCAACAGGAUUUUUAUAUGCCGAUUAGGCAGAAUAUCAAUAGACGUUUGCCAUCACUGUCGACAGGUCAUGGUAUAUCAAAUAUUCACGGCACAUUAUGACGAAGAAUUAAAAUGUCGUACAGUACAAAACAUUUCCUCUCUGAAUGUCAAUGUCUUAGUAAAAGUUUCCGAUAUACAAUUUCACUAUUCCUAGGUAUUAUACACUUCCGGUUUUUGAGGAUGAAAUCUUAUCUUGAAACCGUUUAGGAGAAUCAAACAUUAUUUGCAACCUCUGGUGAUUGACCACAACUAUGUUAAUUGUAGGUAUCAUUACCAAGAUUU